AAGGCGCGGCAAGAAGGACAACCUCAGCGGUUACUUCCUGGCGUCCAGAAGCAUGCACUGGCUCCCGGUGGGUGCCUCCCUGUUCGCCAGCAACAUCGGUAGCGGCCACUUCAUCGGACUGGCCGGCACCGGCGCCGCGUCCGGCAUCGCCGUGGCCGGCUUCGAACUGAACGCCGUGUUCGUGCUCAUCAUUCUCGGCUGGGUGUUCGUGCCUGUGUACACCUCCGCGGGCGUGUACACCAUGCCCGAGUACCUGCGGCUGCGCUUUGGCGGCCAGCGGAUACGGGUGUACCUGUCUGUGCUCGCCAUUCUCCUCUACAUCUUCACAAAAGUAUCAGCGGACCUGUACGCCGGGGCGCUGUUCAUCCAGCGGGCGAUGCAGUGGCAGGGCGACCUCGGCCUGUACCUGGCCAUCAUCGUGCUGCUGGUGAUCGCCGCCGUGUUCACCAUCUUCGGCGGCCUGACGGCCGUCAUCUGGACCGACUUCGUGCAGACCGUGCUGAUGAUCGCCGGCUCACUCAUCCUCUGCGUGCUCUCGUUUGUGGCGGUUGGUGGGUACGGUCCGCUGAUCGAGCAAUACUUCCUGAAGGAACCGAGUCCGAACGUCACCGUGUACGACAGCAACAACAGGUCGUGCGCCGCGCCACGGGAGGACGCCAUGCAUCUGUUCAGAUCGGCUGCUCCGGGAGACUCGGACCUGCCCUGGACAGGCAUGACGUUCGGCCUCACGAUAUCGGCCGUCUGGUACUGGUGUUCAGAUCAGGUGAUCGUGCAGCGCACCCUGGCCGCCAAGAACCUGACCCACGCCAAGGGUGGCGUGCUGCUGGCCGGCGCGCUCAAGUUCCUGCCGCUCUACCUGCUCGUGCUCCCUGGCAUGGCGGCGCGCGUGCUGUACACGGACACGGUGGCCUGCUCGGACCCGGAGGCGUGCCGUAGCAUCUGCGGCUCCGAGUCCGGGUGCUCCAACCUGGCUUACAUCGAGCUGGUUCUUAACCUGCUGCCGCCCGGCGUCUCAGGUCUGAUGCUAGCGGUGAUGCUGGCCGCACUGAUGUCCUCCCUCACCUCCAUCUUCAACUCGGCCUCCACUCUCUUCACCAUCGACGUAUAUACCCGGAUCAGGGGCGGCGCAUCAGAGCUGGAGCAGGUCAUCGCCGGCAGGGUGUUCGUGCUCUUCAUGGUGGGCGUGUCGAUCGUGUGGAUCCCGAUCAUCAACUCAUCGGCUUCCAGCCAGCUGUUCGUCUACAUCCAGAGCAUCACCUCCUACCUGGCCCCGCCCAUCUGCGCCAUCUACGUCCUCGCUGUGUUCUGGCCACGCGCCAACGAGCAGGGCGCCUUUUGGGGCAUCAUGCUGGGCCUGGUCCUCGGUAUGGUGCGAUUUGGAAUCGAAUUCUCCUACACGGUACCGCCGUGUGGCUCAGGCCUUGAAGAUCUAAGACCCGAGUGGGUGAAGAGAGCUGUAUUCGACAUUCAUUUCCUCCACUUCGGCUGCAUUUUAUUCCUGAUAGUGCUGAUCGCAGUUAUCAUCAUUUCUUUGUGCACAGAGCCCAUUCCAAAAGAAUGUCUGCACCGGCUGACGUUCUGGUCCCGGCACAGCACGGAGCCACGUGCGCCUCUCCCCUGCGACGUAACCGAGGAGGCGAAGACUCCACCACCCACAGCCGUGUGCCCCUCAGAGCCGGCGCCAAGCGGCCCGCCAUCUCUGGGCCGCAAGCUGUUCAACCUGAUCUGCGGGGUGGAGGAGCGCGCCGGCGCGCCGGCGGAUGCGUCCGACCCGCGCCGUCUCAUGACCGACUUGGAGCGCGCCAAGGCCGACGCCGACUCGCUGCACGAGGACCCCAAACAGAGAGUAGUUGUCAACGUCUUGGCCCUUUUUACGAUGGCCAUCUCCCUGGGAAUGUAUGUCUACUACCGAUGAAGCAAGAUGGAGCAUAAUCCGAUGACGUUGCGGAACAAGACGACCUCAUCGGAUGACGCUUGGGAACAAGACAGCCUCGUCGGAUGACGCUGGGAAGCAAGACAGCAUUAUAGGAUGACGCUGGGAAGAAGGAUGGGCUCAUCGUAUGCUGCUGUGGAGCAAGCGUCGUCCCUUCUGAUCACCGCGCGGGACUGAUAGCUUUUCCAGUGUCUGGCACGUGUAGGCUUACUGGCACAAGAGGCUGAUCGAUUUGUGCGGCUGGUUGCUUGACACUAGCGUCGGUGAUUGCAUGCUUCAUGCCACAUCCGCUGAAUUCUGCGAUUUCGAACUUUGAAAUUUUGACAUUUGGAAUAUUGUUUAAUUCAUUACGAGGCCAUGUGUUGAAAUCAUGCCAGGCAAGGCUGCGUUGGAGUGCGUACUUUGCAGUGAUAUAGGAAAGCAGCGGACGUGCAUGCGUAAUACAUAGGCAUACAUAAUGCACGAUUUCGUGGGUGUAUGAACUAGUAUGUUGUUCAGGAUAAAGUAAAGUAGACGAGCAAAUAGGCACCAAAUGUUUCACUAUCUUCAAAAAAAGGUUGCGGUAAAAUGGGGAGCAAUAAUGCUUGUUUUACUGUAACUGAUCGGCUGCAACAAAGGCAUACAGCUAGUAACCAUAUGUGCGCACUUCUUAAAAUGUUUUGGAGCGGACUAUAUUAGUGAUAAGCACAAGUGAUUAUACAUGGAUAAUUCCUGAGAAAUAAACAAA